GUAUCUAUUGCUUACCCAUUACACAGUGAAGUCGUCGGAAAAUUAGGAGCCCACGGUCACUUGUAAUCAGCCGUCAAUGCUUUUAAAAGCGCUAAAGAGAACUGAACAAAGAGCACGACUGAUCGACUUAGAACAGACGGAGACAAUCAGUUUUGGCCUGCCUGGUGAACUAACCAUAAGAUAGCGAUUGUGAAAGGUAAGAAUUUUUUCCGUUACACCGCAAGACGCUACGGUAGACCACGUACAAUGCCUUUUAGUCACAACGCGCACGCGAACCAAAUUGAAUUAAGUUCAAACACAACUCUGCUGAGAUUCCUGUGUGCUGCGGACCGGGCGGAGAGAAAUAAAGUAGAGUUUCAAGUGGUAGGGGGAACGGGACGUGGCGUAUCGGAAAACUAAAUAAGAUAGGAAUAAAAGGAGAAAGAUUUUUUUUCCUUCGGCUAGACCAUAUUGAGGCUUUUCUUUUGUCUUACUUAAUCGGGCCAGUUCAUGGGCGCGGGGAAUACGAUUCUCACUUAAUCACGCUCUGUAUAAAACACGUGUUUCGUUAUGAUUUAAUUUUCUGCCCUCUACGAAUAUUGAUUCUUCGGCUGAACAAGAUCAUCAGAGGCGCUAACGCAUUUUAUUUUUUUUCUUUAUUAUGAGAACAAAAUAGCCAGAGCUGUUUCUCAGCUACGUUUUUACCCCGGUGAAGAGAAUGAGAGAGGUACUGGCGAGGUACCUUACUGAAAUAAUGUCUUAAAUUUGACACUGCUUUGUAUUCGUUGAUUCACCCAACGAAUGGUGUUAUCAAUUAUUAUUUUUGUUAUCAAUAUUUAUUUUUUAUUUAUUAUGUUAUGCGAUGUUUUGUUUUGUUUUGUUUUUGUUUUUUAAACUGAAAAGUUUCAGACACUCAACGGAGAGUGGAGCGUGUCCUAACUAUGUUCUCUGACAAGAGAACUUUUAAUUCCAUCUUGCCUCCAAACUCAGUGGAGCUGAAACGACUUCAAAUGUGGUUUUCAAAGCUGUUAUGAUCAAUUCACGAAACUUUUUCUGGUCUCAUUUAUAUUUUAUUGAAUAUGGAGUAGACCCAUUUCGAUGAUACGAAAAUUAAUUCAUACUUGGCUCAGACGCUUGGGAGAAUAAAACAAAAGAAAUUUAUUAUUCAUUGCUGACGCUCAAGAUGAUAUUUUUAGUUUUAUUCCUCUUAUAUGCCUAAGCCUUGGUGCCAAGUCUGAAUGUUUAAAUAUCCGGAAGUUGGUCUAUCACGAUCCAAGGUUGCUGCUUUGAAUUUCAAGAAUUUUUUCCUUUUCCGUCUUAUUGGCAUCCACAAUUCAAGUUCUCCCCUUCUGUGGGUAGGCGGAACGCUUUUGCUGAAGAAUUGUAUAGAGAAUUACGCAUUUAUUUAUCGUCUCCUUGAAUUACGAAAAAGCUGAGUUAGACCCGCUAAAGCCUGGAAAGACCGACAAAAAAUAAUAACCGCUAUAUAGUACUGUGUGAGUACUAAUGAGCUGGACGCUGCUGUUACAAUUAAGUAUUAAUGAAGGGCAUUUUUUUAGAACUAUUCUUCAAUUUUUCGUUAUCGUACAAAGAGAAAAGAAUUAAAUCACUUGUGAGAGUUUGUGCAACUGUGAUGGAAAAGGAAGGAAGGUAUUCCAAAAUCAUUUUUGUACUUUUGCAACAUCGGUACUCGGAUUUAUUUAUCAUAUAAUAUGUGUAAUUGGGUUAUUUAUAAGCAAUUUAGCUCAAGGAGAUGGACCGAAGACGAUUCACAAAGACAUGUUCUCUUUUAUGCGAGGGUGAUGCUUGGCGUAUGACAAUUUUUCACUGAAGUAGGGGUGGCUAGUGGUGGAUAAUCUUCCCGGCUCGGUAAAUACUAACUACUAACCACCGAAAAUGAACGCGCAAAAACCACUGUCAACUGUUUUAGUAAAUACUAGAAAUAUGUAUAUUUUUAAUAUGUUGCAUAAUGCUAAGCGUAUAUUUUCCCAGAAAUUUGAAUUAUAAAAAACUUUUUUUUCCAUUUAAACCAUUUUUGUUCAAUAUAUUAUGUUUGGAAUUCAUGAAGCGUUUGGUUGCAAAUCCGUUGUCAAAUGUUGUGUAAUUUAUGGACGCUUUCCAUUCAACCAAAACCUUCGAAAAUUUGGAAUCAGCGGCAAAUGAUACAGACAUUUCCCGGAAAAGUUUCCAGAAAUUCCGGAAACUGUUGAAUUGCCGAAAUGCGAACCAUUCAACCGAAAAUUCUAGAUUUUCCGGGAGCAUAGUUGAAUGGAAACAAAACUUCCGGGAAAACAUUUUCGAAAAUUUGGGUAUACAUCGCAAGGUUGUCCUGUUUUUGUUUUUGUUUUUUUUUGCUCCUUGUUGCUGAAAAUUCUAACCGGACGUUUUGGUUGAAUGGCAUGCGCCCUUUGUCUCAUUCACCUGCGUGCGUGUCUGACCGUGGAAGACUCGGUUACACUUCCCCAGUCUUUCUCUGCGUUUAUAAUUCAAGAUGGCGGAGGGUCAAAGCUCGAUGAAGUUC